AUGCAUUAAUUAAAUGGACUAAGACCUGUACAAAGAAAAAUAUCAUGUAAAAAGGCUUAUUCUGAAUUAGUUGAGUUUUGUGUUAAAUGGUAAAUCUAAUUCAUUAUUAUUUUUAGCCAUUUAAAGAUCUACAAGAAUUUUUUAACUUGA